UACUUUUAAGAUGCCUUUAUGUGCUUUUUAGAGCUUCAAAGUUCUGGUCACCAUUCACUUGCAUUGAAUAAACCUACAGAGCUGAAAUAUUCUGCUAUGUGUUCUGCACAAGAAAGAAAGUCAUACACAUCUGGGAUGGCAUGAGGGUGAGUAAAUGAUGACAGAAUUUACAUUUUUGGGUGAACUGUCCCUUUAACAUUAAGUAUAUUUCAUUUUAUAUUCUAUAUAUAAUUGUAUACAUUUUCUGUAGCAGUGGUUGUGGAGGUUACCCUAUUAAAUUAGAAAACUGUUUGUGAAUUUUAUCCUCCAAACUAAAAAUGUCAAAUUCGUAAUAUUUGUGUAAUAGCAGUUGAAUAAACAGUUGAAUUCAAGUGUGACAACUUGCCCCGGUCUCUCUUACAUAUAUGGUACUGAAUGAUUAACAUAUUCCUUUGCUGUGGUAUUUAAAUGGUACUCCAUGAAAGGUUAUACUUCAAAGAAUAUUGGUUAUUUGAAAGGUUAGUUUUGAUAUUAUAACGAGGAAGUAAAAUCAAUGAAAACGCAUCAUGAGGGUUCAAGUCACCAAGUGUCCCGCAUUGACCCGCAGGAGUCACAUGACAGCAUCCAGUGGGACUUUAGUUCCGUGUUCUCCCGGUGUGUGGUGCGUGUGUCCGUGAACUGAUUGAAGGGUGCGUUAGAAACGGACUGUGUUGCGUUUUAACGCUUGCGUUCCCUGCGCGUCUCCGCGCAGCCUGGAAAAGCGCGUUUACAGAGACACACACAUACACACACCCCACCACCAUCAUCAUCAUGAUCACACGCGUGCGAUCCGCCGUCUCCAGCUUCAUCGGCGGCAUCAUGGCCUCGGGUCCCAACGGGGAGCAGAAUCACCCUGACCGACCGGAUCCACCGCUCCGGUUCUCGUACAGCAGGCCGGAUUUCCUCGCGCUGUCCACGGAUGAGGUGGAGUGCUCGGCGGAUCACAUCUCCAGACCCAUCCUCAUCCUCAAGGAGAUGAAGCUGCCCUGGAGCACCGGAUACGCCGAAGUGAUCAAUGCCGGUAAAAGUGCCCUAAACGAGGACCAGGCGUGCUGUGAGGUGGUGGAGCUCAGGAAGAGACCCGCAGACCCGUCUAGCCCCAAUUACACUCCCACCAGCAGGAGGCGCUCCUCACUGCCCAAUGGAGAGAUUCUGGAAACCAUCGAGAGCACCGAGGUAAAGGAGCUGGACUUCCACUACUGGGGACUGUUUGACGGUCACGGUGGUUCCGGCGCUGCCAUCUUUGCGUCCAAGUUUCUCCACCUCCAUAUCGAGGAGCAGCUCCAGGAAGUGUUGGAGAUCCUCCAGAAUCCAUCCCUGCAGCCGCCCACUUGUCUGGGGGAGGAGAACAUUGUGCACCACCUCUACCCGUCUGCCGGCUGCUCCCAGCGAGGGCUGUCCCGGGCCGCGUCUCUCCGCGGCGCUGCAGGGGCCCCAGGGUCGCCCAAUACCAUGGCCCCUCGAUUCUUCAUGGAGAAGAAAAUCAAACAAGAGAGUUUGGUGGUGGGAGCCAUUGAAAACUCCUUCAAGGAAAUGGAUGCUUAUAUAGCCAGAGAGAGAUCGGUGUAUUGUAUCUCAGGUGGAUGUACAGCUCUAGUGGUGAUGUAUUUACUCGGUAAACUAUACGUGGCCAACGCUGGUGACAGCAGGGCCAUCAUCAUCCGAGCGGGAGAGAUCAUUCCCAUGUCCAGCUCGUUCACUCCAGAAUCAGAGCGUCAGAGACUUCAGUUCCUGGCUCACCUGCAGCCUUCCCUGUUAGGAAAUGAGUUCACGCACUUGGAGUUUCCUAGAAGAGUCACAAAGAAAGAGGUCGGGAAGAGAAUGCUGUACCGGGACUUUACUAUGAGUGGAUGGGCUUAUAAAACCAUUCAGGAGGAAGAUCUGAAGUUUCCCCUCAUAUAUGGAGAAGGGAAAAGGGCACGUGUGCUGGCAACCAUCGGUAUUACGCGUGGACUCGGCGAUCAUGACCUGAAGGUUCACGACUCUGAGAUCUCCAUCAAACCGUUCCUCUCCUGUUCUCCAGAGGUGAAGAUUUAUGACCUCUCUCAGUACGAACACGGUGCUGAUGAUGUCAUGAUUUUGGCUACAGAUGGACUGUGGGACGUGCUGUCCAAUCAGGAAGUGGCAGAGGCAGUCUCUGGUUUCCUUGGAAACUGUGAUCCUGAUGACCAACACAGGUACACUAUGGCGGCCCAAGACCUGGUCAUGAAGGCCAGAGGUGUCCUGAGAGAUAGAGGUUGGAGAAUCGCUGGAGACAAGCUCGGCUCUGGAGACGACAUUUCAGUCUUCAUAAUUCCUCUAAUGCACGGCAGUAAGCAACCCCUACCAAGCUGACCAAUCAGGAGGUGGGAUGCCAAACGAACAUGGCCAAAUUAGUUUAUUACCCAAUCCUUAGAUGGUCAUACUUUGGCCUGCUGGAUUUGAAGGACGCUGCUGUGUGUUUGACCUCAUUUAGAGUAAAUUUCUGACUGCUUGCUUUCAAGACUCACUUAAAAGUCGAAGACUACUUUGAAGACCCAUGCCAACGUUCCCGACCUCUUUGGACUCAUGGAUAGUAUGCAAGUUAUAACUUUGCACAGUGACUAAAAGGAGAGUCAUUUGGUUCUUUGAAGUUCUCAGUGGACAGAUUAAACCCUCCACAGUUUGUUUAUCUGCAGAAAAACCGUCUGGCUGCUCGAUGGAACUGAUCACAUGUUGUUUUUCUUUCAGGAUAUUCAUUUAUCCUCGGAAUGUUUAGUUUGCGGUUUUUGUUUUUCCCUCCAAAAUCAAAGCGAUUCUGGCUGUAAUUUGUAUAUCCUGUUUCCUCAAAUGAUUCUUAAUUACUGUAUAUGGAAAAACAUACUUAAGAAAUUGCUGAAUGCGUACCAGGAUUAUUCAAGUUUUGAAAAUGUCACUAUUUUUUUAAACUUUGUUUUGUAAGUUGAUUUUAUAUUUCAAUUUGUUUUAAUGAUCGUUGUCAGUUUUAAUGCAUUUUAUAGCUAGUUUUCAUUCUUUGCGAACCACCAUUUUUUGGUUUGUUUAAUUAAUAUUUAGUAUCAAUAUUUGUUCACUGCUUGUUUUACGCCUUCGUAGUUUAGCGACAACUUUGUUUCACAUGUCUAAGGCCACGUCCACAUUAAUACGUUUUCACCUGAAACGUUUACAUUAGAACGCUGUUUUCCUCCACCGAAACCAUGAGAGUUUUAAAAACGCUUUCCAUUACCACAUACUUUUCUGUUUCCUAACGUCAUCGUUUUCCUGAAGUAUGCGGUUACAGAGAGCAUUUUUUAAAUGCUUCAUUUUCGGUGGAGCCAAACGGCGUUCUCAUGUGGAUGAGAGCCGUAAACGGAGCGAAAUUAAUUCGUUUUUAGACUAAAACGUGUAAGUGUGGAUGUAGCCUUAGGACGUCCUGAAACCUUACUUAUGCCAAGUUCCACUAUGGAUGAGAGGCGUAAACAUAGCAAAAUCACUGCGUUUUCAAACACAAACGUAUCAGGCGGCGUCCAAAGUAAUACGUUAUUUGUAACUGAAUUAAUGAUAUGGUAUGUGGAUUAAUCAAAUCAAUCGCAAUUAAUCGCAUAUAUAAAUAUUUGCUGAAAAAGACCCUCAAAUAGCAAUAAUUCAAUAUAUAAUGAUUAAAUAAUUAUAAAUAAAAUAUAUAAUAAAAAAUAAUAAUUCAGAUAAUUAAAAUGAAUUACACUGUUGUGGCACACGAGUAAAGCAUUAAAAAAGACAGUAACACUUUACAAUAAGUUAAUGCAUGGGGUAUCAUGAACAAACAAUAUAUUGUUUACAGCAUUUAUUAAUCUUUGUUAAAAUUAGUAGAUAAAAAUACAUUUGUUCAUUGUUAGUUAAUUGUUAGUUCAUUGUUAGUUCAUAGUGCAUUCAUUAAUAUUAACAUAUACAACUUUUGAUUUAAAAACACUUUACAAUAAGGUUUCAUUUGUUAACAUGAACUAACAAUGAACAAUACUUAUUAAGCAUUUAUUAAUCUUGGUUAAUGUUAAUUUCAACAUAUACUAAUACAUUUUUAAAAUCAAAAGUUGUAUUAAUUAACAUUAGUUAAUGCACUAUGAACUAACAAAGAUUAAUAAAUGCUGUAACAAAUAUAUUGUUAAUUGUUUAUUCAUGAUAAUUAAUGCAUUAACUAAUAUUAACGAAUAGAACCUUGUUGUAAAGUGUUACUAAAAACUGUAUUAGUAUAUGUUGAAAUUAACAUUAACCAAGAUUAAUAAAUGCUGUAAGUAUUUUUCAUUAAUAGUUCAUGUUAACUAAUGUUGUUAAAUAAUUUUAACAAAUGGAACCUUACUGUACAGUGUGACCAUCUUUUUCAAUACAAAAAGUUAAUACAAAAAGUGGCUUUAAAAUCCAUUAUAUUGUUUAUUUCCAUAUUAUUGAACAUAAGACUAUCAUUGGCCGACAGUUCACAGCAAUCCAUUAUGCAAUUGAAUUCGUCAAUCUAUCCGAAAUAGAUUUAUUAUGAGGGCUUCUCUAAGGACACAUCAAUGUACACCUGCAUCAGAUGGACACAUUUGGAGCGUCUCUGUUGCGUCAUGUCAUAAGCCGUGUUUAUGUCGCUGUGUCAAGUUUAACGUAGUUUAAUACUUAGAAAAACAUCUUGAGAUCCGUGUGUUUAAACGCAAGAACGCGUCGUCAUGUUGUGCUGUCUGUGAGUGUGGUUUGUUCUCUGUAAAAGCUGCACGUUGCCUAUACAGCUGGAGUUCCGCUUACUGCCCCCUGGAGAAAACAGGUGGUACUUCAAGCUUGAAUUACGGUCCAGGGACGAUUAAUUGCAUACAUUUUUUUAACACAUUAUUUUUUUAAUAUAAUUAAUCACACUGAAUUAAUGCAUUAAAUCGACAGCCCUGCUUAAAAUGCAUUAAUUUUGCAUUAGUUUUCAUUUCAAAAACGCUCUCCAUUAUUGCAUACUUUGAAAAGCAAUGACGGUAGAAAAUGUUUUCAAUCGAUUACGGAUUAAGUGUGGAUUUUACCUCUCUUUAGACCACGUCCACACUAAAAUGUUUUCGUUUGAGAAUGUAUUAAUUUCACCACGUUUAUGCCUCUCAUCCAGACUAAGAUGCCGUUUAACUCAACCAAGCGUUUCAAAAAUGCACAUACUGCAUAGUUUGGAAAAUUAUGAUGAAAACGGAUUAGUGUGGAUAUGGCCUUAAGAUUUUUAGGAUAAUUUGAGGAUGCUACAUUUUUUAAGAAUAGUAAAUUAUCUCAUUUGUCAGCUGAAUAAGUCACAUGCGCAGCGGCAAUCUUUUACGCUCCGUUGUGAAUUAACACCUGCCUGCAAUCUGUUCUCCUGAGCUCCUGUGUGGAAGUUCGGCGAGGUCUGACUUACAUACAUCAUGUUCACAGUGGCACCUUCCUCUUCGACAGCACAAACCCGCUGUGAUCAUUUGGGGAGGCUUUCGUCUUCACACACAUACACGACAUACACACACUUCCUCCCCGAGAGAGUGGCCAUCUGGUCAGCACAACCCGAGUGUGACCAAAACAAGACUAAUUUGGCCACAAAUUCAGCUGUGUGUGUGUUGUGGGCUCUUACACACUUUAGCGCAGUAAUUUGUGUGGGUGGACAGCACUGCAAGGGCAUCACAUGCUUACUAAAGGAGAGCUUUCUGGGAAGUGCACAAACAUGGACUGCGAAAAAGAUCCAUAUACUGCUUGUGUAGCUCAGUUAAUGUUUGUUGAAAUGCCCCAUGAAUUUUACUAAUAAAAACUCAUUAACAAUGUUUCAUAUUGAUUAUAAACCUUGUUUCUCAACA